UGGCGCCAAGCCAUAUGCUAGUUGGGGCGACUCAACAGCCACAUGCCUGAGAACUUGCAUCUAAGUUUAAGCAUUACAGCAAAGCUCAUGCUAAACACGGAAACUCUACGUUGUAAAGCUCGAGAAACGAUUUUACACAAUAUACCAGAGAUUAACCAAUUCAUCUACAAGGAUAAAUACCUUAUGUGGUAUAUCAGGUGUAGUGAACACGAUUAACUAAGACUCUUGUUGGGUAAGAUAUAAAUACAGAAGCGGAGUCAAGGUUAUAUACUGAAGGC